AAAAAAGAAGAAUAUUUUCUCCAUUCACAAAUAUCAUUUAUAUAAAAUAUUUUUUAAAAAAGAGGAGAUUUUUAAUAACCCCUUACAUCUGUUGCACAUUGCUUUCGCAAUCAAAAUUACAUUGGUAGAUUAGAUCAAUACUAUCCCACACUAUUCUUUUUUAUCCCUCAAUUUGAAUUUCCAUUAUCCAUUAUAACACUGUUGGGGCACAAAAUCGUAUACAUAGAGUAAAUUAAUUCUGAAUAAACACAAAACAAACUAAAGACAACCUUAAAAAUUAUUUUAAUCUAAAUAAAUGUUACUAAACAAAAACUAAUCCCAAGCUAUGUAUAAUAACAUGGAAUGAAAUUUUCUGAAAUACAAUCAUAAGAAAUAAACAAACAAAAUAAAUGGAUUUUACAAAAUUCUACCAGUGCAAUCGAAUCAAAAAUAGUGCGACCCUUAUGAUAUCCAACUUGCUAUUCGUUCACACUUUAUUCGAAAUUUUCGGCUCGGCCCGAGCAUUUAAUUUGGACACAAAUUUUUCCACCAUCUAUUCUGGGGAUCGAGGAUCGUAUUUUGGGUGGACGGUGUCUUCUUAUAUUCAUGAACAGACACCUUGGAUAUUGAUAGGCGCUCCUAGGGCUGAAACGCGGCAACCUGGCGUUACGAAAGGGGGAACUGUUUUUAGAUGCAUAGCUGGCAUCUCCGAUUCCUGUCUAGAAGUCAUCUUUGACACGAUGGGAUCACGCGUAGCUUAUAACAUUAACGCAAUGCAACAAAGACAAAGCGACGAUAAAUCAAAUCAAUGGUUUGGCCAUACUAUAUCUGUUUCCGGUCAAGACGGCGCAACAAUUAUGGCAUGCGCUCCUCGAUACGUAUACUAUUCUCAGAAUUUUUUGAGGCGGGAACCUGUCGGAACCUGUUUCAUAUCGAACGAUCACUUGAGAUCCUUUCAGGAACACUCUCCGUGCAGAACCCUAAAUUGGGGUUAUCAUCGUCAAGGCCAUUGUCAAGCAGGUUUUAGCGGAACUUUAGCCAAGAAUAGCACGAGGGCCUUUAUUGGUGCUGUAGGUAGCUGGUAUUGGCAAGGUCAAAUGUUUGUACAAAAUAUAACUUCCGGAUUAAAUCUGAUAAGUUCUAAAGAAAGUCCGCCAUCUUUCGACGAUUCAUACCUGGGAUAUACCGUGGUGUCAGGGGAAUUUGAUGGGCUACGAGGCGAAGAUAUCGCUGUCGGGGUUCCUAGGGGCAAAAAUUUGUCUGGAAAGGUGAUUCUGUUUGACCGAAAUUUGAAUAUAAUAAAAGAACUUAGUGCGGAGAUGGCCUCGAAAUCUAAAGGCGAUGAUUUUGAUCAAAUAGGCGCUUAUUUCGGGUAUUCCUUGACUGUGGUCGAUGUUGAUGGCAAUAAAAUGGAUGACAUAGUGGUAGGAACUCCGUUUUACAAUGAUUUUAAAAACACCAAACCUUCAUCUUACGAAACUGGACGAGUAUACGUUUUUUACCAAGGACCAAAAGGCAAAUUUAUCAAAACAUCGGUUUUGGAGGGUCAAAAGCCAAGAGGUCGUUUUGGAAUUUCAGUGGCGUCUUUGGGCGAUAUCAAUUUAGAUGGUUAUCAAGACAUAGUAGUAGGAGCCCCUUACGAUGGUCCUAAAGGAAAGGGUGCGAUAUACAUUUACAAUGGAGGAAGGAAAGGCAUCGAAGAAAAAUUUAGCCAAGUGAUUAUGGCCGAUGACGUAAAUCCAUCGUUAUCACAAUUCGGAUGGUCACUUUAUGGUGGAAUCGAUUUAGACCGUAACAGAUAUCCUGAUUUGAUAGUGGGCUCCUUCAAUUCCGACAACGUUAUAUAUUUGAGAUCAAGACCGAUCAUAACUGCUCAUAUAGAUCUGAAAUUGGAACCCGAAAUCUUAAGCUUAGAUGAUCAAAGCUGUAGUCUUAUAGAUGGGACAUUAGUUCCAUGUUCCGUCCUUACUAUAUGCGUGAAAUACGAAGGUAUUGGAUCUCCUCCGCAGUUAGAUCUCAAAAUAGACACAAAACUAGAUAUGACAAAAACCUAUGGUAUGCGAUCCUUUAUGCUGUCAGAUGAGGGUAAUACUAAGGCUUCUGAGAUAGUGAGAUUGGUAGCCCAAACAAGUUGGUGCAAAAGUUCCUACAUAUAUCUGAAGCGUGACAUUCGUGACAAACUCUCCCCCAUCACAAUUCAAGUUACCACUUCCUUAAUAGAACAAAACUUUGCCUAUCAAACCCUCAAGCCCGUUCUGGAUAGCUUGAUACCAUCGUUAGUUAAAAAAUUGCUCCACAUCCUCAAAGAUUGUGGUUCAGACAAUAUAUGCGACCCUAAUCUUUCAUUGAUAUCUGUUCGAUCAGCUACUCAGACCUACAAAGUAGCGGGUCCAAAUCCACCUACAUCAUCGCAAAAUACGGUGAAACCCAAAGUAAUUGGUUAUAACAGUCUUGGUGGGCCGACGGAUAAAACUCUAACUAUUAGAAUAACCGUUUUAAAUCAGUUAGAAGAUGCUUUCGAAGCUCAAGCAGUCAUUUAUGCACCUGUUGGUUUAGAUUUUGUCAACGCUGAUUUAUUAUCAGACCCAGGAAAUGUAUUACCUAUCGGUGGGAGAAUCUCCUGCGGAGUUAGGGAAAUUCUUAAGGAAGAUGAUAAUUUAUUUAACGAUACUAUGAAUGAGGGAGGCCUUGAUACGAAAAACAAAUCUUUACACGAAGCUUUGCACAAACUAUUAAAAACUCACAUGUUAAAAGAUUUCACUGAAAAAGAGGAUUCAAUUAAAAUGACCAAAAAUUUUGGGUCGGUUGUCAUUUGCGAUAUAGGAAAUCCCUUAACUCAAGGUGCGAAGUUAGAAUUUGAUAUUCGAUUUUAUCCAACAAACAUGGAUUCUCUAUUAUCUAGACGAACUCACGAUUUAAACUUUUUAAUAUUUCUCAAUAGUACAAACGCUGAAGAUGAGUCCACGCUGUCAGAUAACGUUAAAACUCUAAGAAUUCCAGUCGAAACUACAUCUGACCUCGUUUUGUUCGGCGCAUCUAUUCCUGAUCAGAUUUUAUUCCCUAGAGAACGGCACAUAACCCCAGAACAAUACGUAAAUGAAACAAACGUUGGUCCUCAAGUAGUUCACGUAUACGAAAUAAUCAACAAAGGCUACACUACUAUACUAAAAGCAGAUUUAACGAUCCUAUGGCCAAGUUAUAUCUUGAAAAAAAAUGCUAGGUUAUUCUAUCUAAUGGAAAAGCCUGUCAUCGAUCAAAGAAUAAAUAAUAAGGAUAUGAUGGAUAAGGAAGUCGUUUGUCACGUUAGCAAUCUUAACGAUAUUAACGCUCUGGGAUUAAAAGUAGACAGAUCAGAACGUUGGAAAGCUAUAGUAAAUUCCACGCGAAUAGUAUCGAGUGGAAGUGGGUAUUUGCUAAAUUCAUCUGAUGACAAUAACAUGCCUAAAAAUAAGCGAGGUGACAAUCCAAACACGAAUGCUUUAGUUAACUUGAAGUCCAAACGCUCGAUUGAUGGUGAAGAUAGACCUGGUAUUAGGCAUGUUACUGUAAACAAAGAAACAUUCGUAUUCGCAGAUAAUCUAAGAGCCGAUAGUGAUGUACAUAAAUAUCGCCUUUAUCCCACAGAAAUCGUAUGCCACGAAAAAAACUGCACUAUAAUAAAAUGUUCCCUGGGACCUUUCACUUCAGGUGAAUCGAUAGCAAUUCGUAUUCGGUCUAGAGUCUGGAUUGACACUCUAAUUAAAGAACAAUUAGAAGGAGCCGUGGUAUCAUCAAAAGGGAUACUUAAAAUUACUCAAGUUCCUUACACUAUAGAUAUCGAAUCGAUUCCUUACAAAACGAUACACGUCAGCACUUAUUUAACGCCAGAAAUAGGUCCGCCUGAUACGAAAAGAAUAGAACCAUGGGUUUUAAUUCUCGCAGUUACUGCCGGCAUAUCCAUACUCGGUCUCAUUGGAUUGGGAUUGUGGAAAUCGGGAUUUUUCUUGAGAAAACGACCCCCACCGAUUCACAAAAAAUUCACCGAUGAUUCAUCAGAAAAAUCUUAAAAAAAUUCACAAUGUAGAAGAGAAAAAUAAAAUUUAUACAAGAAAAAAAACGAUUUCGAAUACCUUUGCAACUCAAAACAUCCUCCUUUAAUCAAUUUUAUACGAAACGACUAUUUAUCGCCCAUUUGUAAACACUUGAACUAUUUAUUGUUGCUAAUAUUUUCGCGUUAGGCCAUGUUGGCCUAGAUUUUUUUAAAAAAUAUUUGCAUUUAAGACUUGGCUAAACAAAGCAAAAUGAGUGUGAUUUCGUCUAUCAUCCCAAAUAUAUAACAUAUGCCAAGCCUAAAAAUUACAUUAAAUUCAAUUCUAUAUUUCGUAAAAUAGUGAUCAUUUCCCUUAGUUUGAGCCAGUUUUAGAAAAAUGGAUCUUUUAUAUCAAACAAUAUUCCGCCCUCCCCACUUUAGGAAUUUUAAAUGAUUAGCUAUUUUUUUAUAAACAAAAAUAAUGUGAUAAUUUUAAAUUUUGUUAAAUGGCUCAAAUCAAUAUUGUUAAUUAUUUUUUAGUCGUCACAAAACGAAAUAUUUUUUUAUACGACUUUGCGAAAUCCAAUUAACGACUACUUAAAAAAAAGCCUUUAGAAAUUAUAUUCUAAAUUAUUAAAUCACACACAGACAGCGCAAUUAUAAAAAGGUCCCCAACAAUUGUGUAAAAAAAUACUUUAUUUCUAAGAUAAUAACUUAUAUAUAAUAUUAUAGUAUACAUUUAAUAAAAUGAUGUAUUGUUGUAAAUAAUAUUUAUAUUACAAUGUAGAUAUAAUUUAUUAUACAAAUAAAGUUAUAACGAUUAUUAUAAUUUAUUAUACAAAUAAAGUUAUACCGAUUAUUAUAAUGGCAAUUUGUA